CUGGUCCUGGAUUUCCGUGACUGGUGGAGCUACAAGGUGUGGCUGAAGUGGCCGGUCCUCGCGUCCUCCCUCGCCGCUUCCCUCACGCUUGGUCGCGACAGUCACACACUGCUGGGCGAGUCAGACCGUGUGGGGGUGACGUGGGAAGUGAAGAAAGUGGACGAGUUUCUGGGUGAGGACGCCGGAAAGGUGGUGGCGCGGGUGGUAGCGCGACACACCCCUGCUGGCUUGGUGGUGACCUUCCACGCCGACACCGCCAGCAUGCAGGAGCUCCACGAUACCGUCACUGCCGUCCUUGCUCAGGCCAUGGAGAGCCCUGACCUGUGUGGCGAGGUGCCUGACCACGCCACGCUUCUGAAGUUCCUGCACGACUUCCUUGGACAGUCACCGGCGAGUCUCUGGGCGGAUCUGCUGCAGGAAGUCCGUCGCCUGCUGCUGGGAUCUGACACCGAGGCAGACUUACAUCACCUGCUGGAAGUUUUCAGGGAGGAAAUGGGGACAGCAGAAGGCGUAGGAUUGUGGGAGGCAGUAUGGACGAUGCUGGAGCGGGCGGGGCUGCUGCGCCCGCGGCGAGGAGGUGGAGGUGGUGGUGCCCUCCGAGUGGAUUAGGCUGGCGCAGGGGUGGUUCACUUGGGCUGUCAUGGGAGGCGGCGGGCAGUGCGAAGGCAACACACUGAUGGUUAACCUGGUGGAUGCGCUGGCGGAGACCCUGAGGCGAAGUGGCAGCGGGCAAGCAACCUUUUGACCCACCAGUCAGACAAACUUUUAUGUUCGUUCUGAAGGCAAAUCAAAAGCAGGAAUUUGUUACCAAAACCAUAAAUAAAUGACGUCAUCGUACAUCUGGCAUCCAUUCGUGUAGCUGCUAUACAACACUAUAUUGUUUAUUUAUUUAUUUUUUUACUUUGUGUUGAUUAAUUGCUUGCUUAUUCUUAGAAAAUAUGUAGGCGAUAAUAUCAACAUAAAUUAUAUACAUGUAUUCAUUUCAUUGGGACUAUUCACUCCUGUUGCUACGUUCUCAUGUUCGUUUGUAUUGAAAAAUGUUGCCUUAAUUAUCAAUACACCCAACCAUCAAUAAUUAUUAUAGUAAUAUCAAAAUAAAAUGUUCAUUGUUAAAUACUGGAUCAAAAUAAAGCCAAUCAGGGACCUCGACACUUGCUUUACCAUUUACGUAAGAAAGAAAACCCCGUUGAAAAAGCAGAAUCAACUGGACUUCCGCGGGAAACUACAACAAUCAUCAUCAGUCCACUGCCAUUUCCUCCGCGUAAAAGCAAUGCAAGAUGUGCUACCUCGUUUUGGAGGUGUUUUCAGGACACAGGGAAGGAAGAUGAAACCUGACUAUCUUGCACCUCAAAGACUCAAAACAGACCAGCACCACCACCACCACCACCACCACCACCACUACCUAACGCUGUGUCCAGGCUGGAAUGUGUGACCUCUCUGCCAGGAAUGUCACCGUCCUCUCACACUCUGACACCAAGUACCUCACAACAACACCUGCAAUACUACACCUCUGAGCCCCCCGGAGUGUGGCUACUGCGAGGCGCUGCUGGCCUUCACACUCCAUCCCCUGCGCCCUCCUGUCAUUACAUCGCCUUUCCAGCGAAGGCAUUACUGCGAUGGUUAUGCGGCUUUUGAGGGGAGUAGCAGCCGCCCAUCGCUGGGAAGGACGCGCCUCACCCUGGCGGCCCUGCUCGGUCCCUUCCACGACUCGCAGCGAGAGAGAGAGGUCGAGGUGCGGUGGUCUCGUGGCGGAAGGCUGAAGGAGGCGGUGAAGGAGUGAAGGUGUGAAGUGUGCAGCUUCCACUUCAUCAUCCCAUGAACAGCCCACAGGAAUCUCUACCAGCACCUGGUUAUUAAACAGUGUUGUCACGCCAGGCCCAAUGUACUCCAUUGCAAUCAGGGAGUCAAGCUUCACCAGGAAAAGAGGCAGAGCGUCACCACCUUCAAGCCCCACAAGAGGUAUUAAGUAUCGUUGGGACAAAGCAAUCAGGGAAGAGUCAAGUUGCAGUAAGAAGAGUGCGUCAAGAAUUUCAAGCAGGAAGAACACGUAAAAUUCCCUUCAAGUCAUGGCGGGACCGACAGGCAACCUUCAACACUUGUGGAGGCACGAGAGCUGCAGGCAGUUUCACAAAGAAGAGGUUGCUCCUCACUCAAGUUGACGCAAGGACACAAGAAUUGGCAAGUGUUGUUGCUCCCAGGCCCUGCUGCAAGAGUUCUCCAGUCCACUCCAGUCUGGGAAGGAAGAAUGUAGCAAGUCCCUCUCUUCUGUAUUCAACAACCACCACCACCACCUUCAUUCAGGCUUGGGAUAAGUUUUGUACAUUCCAGCACUUCAGUAAUAAGGAAAAAAAGUGCCAUGUUUAUAUUAUUGUUGUGUAUUUAUUCACUUAACAUUCACAUUAAAACAAUAAACAUUCAGUAUACCAUCUUGAACAUAA